AUCAAUUAUUAUAAUCAUCAACUAUUGUAAAUAAACAUGGCUGGAGAUCCGUUUUUGUCAGAUCCGUCCAAGAAGCGGAAAAGAGGCGGUGCUAGAAAUUCCCGUCCUGUUACUAAACAAUCGAAAAGUAGAACACAAACUCCAACAGUGGAAGAUGAAGAGAUUUCAGGAGUUAGUGAAUCUGAUGAUGAACAAGGAAAUAUUUCUGUAGGAAGUGAAACUGAAGAACAUAAUGAAUCUGCUCUUUCUUCCGAUGAAGAAUUUGCUGAUGAAAAUGCUGCCGAUAAAAGAAGAAGACUUGCCAAACAAUAUUUGGAUAAUUUAAAACAAAAUGAACUCGGUGGAGAUUUCAAUGAUUUCGAUGCUCAAGAUUUAGAUGAUGACAUCUUAUCUAGACGUUUGCAGGUCGACGUUGCCGAACUGAAAGGGUUUGUGUACAAAUUUGUAGGAGAGAAAGUGGAAGAAUCCUUGGAUGGACAGAAGGAAGAGGACAACAUGGUUCUGGUGACUCGUAUAGGUUCCAAGAACAUGACCGGAAUGGCUCUUAGAGCACCAUACUUGUAUACCAUCUCCAAGGACAUUGAAUUGAUCAAAUGGAAGGUGAAUGAAACCGGUAAGGGGAAACAACAAAGACUUAAGCAUACUCGUGGUGGGUCCAACCGAGAAGAUCAUCAUAUAGCUCCAAUUCUCUGUGUUGCUGCUUCUCCAGAUGGGAAGUAUGUUGUCACUGGAGGUGCCGAUGGUAGACUUAUUAUUUGGUCCAGUGAAAACUUGACUUGUUUGAAAAUGCUUGAAGUAUGUAGAGUUGGAGGAAUCAAUCAAGUUAGUUUCCGUAGAGGUACUGAUCAAUUGUACGCAGCAUGUGGUGAUCUUAGAGUACGGACUUUUUCCAUUAAUCAAUUUGCACAACUUGAGGUGUUAUAUGGACAUCAAGAUAGCAUUACCGACGUUGCCAGUUUAAGUAGAGAAACUUGUGUUAGUGUUGGUGCAAGAGACAAAACAGCAAUGUUUUGGAAAGUGGCUGAAGAGUCCCGGUUGACAUUCAGAGGUGGUGAUGCCGAUAGAAAGGUAAGAAAGAAGAAAAAGGUUGAAGGAGAGGAAGAAGUCACUGAACCGGAAGCACCAUUUGUCAAUGAAGGAAGUAUUGAUGUGGUGACCAUGGUUGAUGAAACUCAUUUUGUCACUGGUUCAGAUAACGGUAACCUUGCCCUUUGGUCUCUUGCUAAGAAGAAGCCUCUUUAUACCCACAGAUUGGGACAUGGUCUUGAAGCUGCUCUUAGUUCAAAUUCUGCCAGUGCUGAAGUGAACUUGGAAACCGCCAAGGCUCAAGUACCAGACGCUCAUCCAUAUUCUAUCACAUCUGUACAUGCAGUCCCAUUCAGUGAUGUUUUCGUAACUGGAUCUUAUGAUGGGACCCUUAGAGUAUGGAAAAUUUCAUCUGAAGGUCUUCGUUCAUUCUCACUUAUUGGAAAAGUGGAAAAUGUUAAAGGUUGUGUAGUGAGUAUUGUUGACUGGGAAGUCAGUGCACACAAGAUCACCUUUUAUGCAUUGACUAGUAAGGAACAUAAACUCGGGAGAUGGCUUGGAAAGAUUGAUGGUGCUAGGAAUGCAUUGGUUAGUUUUUCUGUUGAUAUAUAGAGAAUGCAUUGUAGAAUAGGAAUUUUGGUUAACCGAAAUAAUAUAAAAAAUAGAUAAUUACAAAGCUGUA